AGUCUGUGUCAGGAUGAGGGUGAAUAUCUACAGCUGCCUGUUAGCCUUUGUUCUGGGCUGUAAUGUCACAGCAGCAUUAACUCAUGAAGUAUCUGUGGAGAAAACGAUUGUCUUUCUACCUUGUCCUUGACCUGUGGAGGGUACAGCGACGUGGAGCAGAGAGAUUAAUGGAAAGGAAGUUGACUUACUUACAGGCAAUGGUGUAAAGGAGAUCAGACCCAAUGGCCCAGGCAAAUGAUACAGGUCAUUAGCAGAUAUAUUGAAGUCACUGAUCAUUCACAGAGCUGUUGUCUCAGACUCUGGAACAUACUUCUGCAACAAUGAAGCAGCUGCAGAGCUGAUGAUGAUCCCAUCAGCUUCUCCUUACCUGUGGCAAACACCUGUUCUCAUGCUGCUUGGAAUACUCUAUUUAAUCACCAUGACCUCACAUGAAAGUCAUAAUAGAAUCAAACCUCCAAUGUUGCGAGCUCUUUGAACAGCCACAUGGUGGUGCUGCUGCAGCAACUGCUUCUGCAUUGAAAAUUGAACUGACAUGCUCAUGUCCACUGGGCUAACUUUUACCUGAUGUCACUGAAAUUAACAAAGGCAGUUUUUAUAAUAUCCUGGUAACAGAUACAGUUGUAAACAUAACGUGUUGUUGAUAACUUCCAUAAAUAUAAAGACACUUUGUGUUUUAAACACUGAAAAGCUGCAACAGAAAUAGAUUAAAAAAUAUCAUCCAUCAUCUCCGUGUUUGUUUUCUGUCUUUCGUAGCUGAACAGAUACAGAACCAGUCUUCAGGUAUCCCUUGAAAACUCCUCUCUUCAAAGAGCAUUUACUGAAGCACAAAGCAGGUGAAGGGAAAAGGGAGGCUGGAUGUCAGAGCAUGGCUGAAGAUGGAAGGAACAAUCCUUAAAGUAUCUGAGGAGAAACAGCAGGUCACUCUGUCUUGUCCUCGACCUGUGGAGGGUAGAGCGACGUGGAGCAGAGAGAUUAAUGGAAGCAAAGUUGACUUAAUUACAACUGAUAGUGUAAGGGACAUCAGACACAAUGACCCACGCAAAAGAUACAAUUCACAGGCAGAUAAAUUUAAGUCACUGAUCAUUCACAGAGCUGUUGUCUCAGACUCUGGAACAUACUUCUGCAACAAUGAAGCAGCUGCAGAACUGGUGGUGAUCCCAUCAGGAACAAUUAUACGCAAUGCUACAGAGAGGACCAGCAUCACUCUGCAAUGUCCUCCUGGUACUGGAGGAUCAGAUGGUCCAACAUGGAGCAGAGAAGCUGCUGGAAAACAAGAACAAAUCAGGUCUCCUGUCUCCACUGUGGACAAGACGUUGACUAUAACAGAAGUGCAGCUUCGUGACUCUGGACUGUACUACUGUGAUGGAAAACCAGCUGUGUAUCUGAGAGUGAUCAAAGCAGCAACAACACCAACACCAACAACACCAACAACGCCAACAUCAACACCAACAACCACAACAACAACAACGCCAACAACAUCAACAACCACAACAACAACAACAUUGCCAACAGCAACAACAACACCAACACCAACAACAACAACAACAACAACACCACCACCACCACCAACAACAACAACAACAACAACAACACCAACAACAACAACAACAACAACAACAACAACACCACCACCAACAACAACAACAACAGUGACAAGUGAAGACCAGAAAACAGCUGCUUUGGUGCUUCAGAUAGUCGUCCCCGUGUUCCUCCUCGUCAUCGUCAUCAUCGUCUGCUACCUUGCUUGGAGACGCAGGUGUAAAACAAGAGAAAAUGAAGAAAUCUGCCCAGUAUAUGAUGAGAUAUCGGAGGAUUCAGUGUGUCAACCCUCAAAUGGAAAAUCCACUGGACCAACAAAUACGUACCAAAUGGUGAUGUUUCCAGGUGUAUCAACCCAAAAUGAUCCCACAUACGCCACUAUCAGUGAUCUCCCACCGACAGCAAACAAGAACGAGACGUCAAAACCUGCUGAGUCACCAUAUUGCCUGAUCAGUGCCAAUGGGAACAAUACAGGUUCGUCACAGCUGACCAGUAACUACUAUAGUUCACUGGAGAAACCCAAAGUGGUCAAAAAUGAAUAUGAUUAGUGUUUUUAUAUUUACUUGUAGUUAAAUGUUAUAAAGGGGCCCUUACAAAAAAUAUAAAAUAAAAAAAUAAAAAAAUCACUCAACUUCUUACAUAUGAAUUUUAAGAUAAAUAUCAUUUGCAUUGGUUCACAUGUUGAAUCAGAACACAAUAUGUGAAAUGUGUUUAUUCAUAUGGGAAAAAAAACACAUUUACAUUUCAUGAUUUUCCUUGAACCACUGUAUGAAGGUCAAUAAUGGAUUAAUUUGGCCACGUUGCCAUAUGUCCAUGUAAUGAUGCUAUCAAUGGUUUUUAAAUGUUGAUCAGUUGAUAGAAAUAUGUCCAUGUAUGUACAAAAUGUUUUUUGAUCAUGUUUUUGUAUAAUUCUAAAUAAGCUUCUUGAUAUAUUUCUUUUACAAAUAAAUUGUCUUAUGUGACUAUGAA